AUGACGCGCAGUAUGAAUAACUUCCCUGCAGAGCUGAUCAGGCUGGUUCUGUCAAGGGUCAAACUGGAUUCGCGCGGGAAUCGAGACCGAUCCUUCUUCAAUACGCUUACUGUCUGUCGUCUCUGGCACGACAUUGGUGAAGAUCUACUCUGGACCGACAUCACCCUCACCCGUUGUCAAUUGAAAAAGUUCUGCCAGUCAACAUGCCGGGCUUCACUGGCCACGAAAUCGCUUUCUCUGGAGAUCAGAAAGUAUUCCUAUCCCUACUACGAUAACCCAGGCUGUGAAUUGUCGCAGCAACUUCAGCGCCUAUCACUGAAAGUCCGAGAAAUGCAACAGCUCGAGAGCUUCAGCUUGUUCAUCACUGGCGGCGCCUCCAGAACACUCUACGUCCCAAUUCGUGGACUUCGGCUCGUCUUAGAUGCAUUGCCGAAUUCAGUCUGCAAUCUGGAGAUCGAUGACGAAGUUUUUGCUUUUCACUCAGACCUCAACGACACCAAAGCCGAUCACUUGUGCGUGUCUCUACAAAAGAUAAUGCCCCAGCUUCGUAAUCUUCGCCUCAGACUUGCAGAAGUCUGCGAGAAUGUCUUUCCAGACUCGUCCUGCAAAGGUAAGGAGAGCGAGGAAUGUGCCACAACCCCCAACGCCGAAAACACGCUCAUAAUCCAGCUGGUCGGAGACCACCCAGAUCAUGAAACCCAGCACUGCCCUCUUCAGAAGAUGCACGGUCACCAUUCCUAUCCUGCACACGGAGCUUGGCCAUAUCGCUCAGCUCACGAUUGUGUGGUUGCCGCGGCUAGGCUAGCGAUGGAAAGCCACGCCCUGGACAAUUUCCAUCGCACUUCGAUUUUCGAUACCACUGCUCCAUCAACGACUGAGCAGGGGUUUCCAGUAGUACGUGAACGAUUUUUGGGCCAUGAAGGGAAACUUCGGCUGUACCCUUACUUCGACCUCCGGGGUGUCGCUCAAGUCUUCGCUCUCCGCUGUCUUGGGAAGGACAGACAGACGAUGGAGGUCAUCGGAAGGAUGGGAGAUCUAACUUCACAUAUCGAAGGCUGUGCGUGGGUCAAGACAGUGGAAGGUUGCCGCUUAUCAUCAGGCUAUAUCGCACACAAUUCGCGGUUUGAAGGCACCAAAUUGGAAAAUCUAGAGUUUUACACUCGAGGAACUGUGACCAGACCCAUCUUGCUCGGUUUCACUUCCCCAUCACCAGUGCUAUGGGAGUUGGAGGAUCAAGAAGGCUGCAAACUCUUAGAACCGGUGGUCCUUGAUGAGAAUGACGAGACUCGCUGGCUCCCCAGAAAGCGUACCCAGAAAGAAAUUCGUCGCGAAGAGAGAAGGAAAGCCAUUGAACGAGGGGAAGAGGUUGACCCUGAAUCCGACUGUGAGCCCCCCGAUCUCAACCAAGCGAUAUUCGCAUUCAGGAUGUCUCAACAUUUUUCCCUCUUUCUCGAUGAAGACGAAGACGAGGAUGAAGAUGAAGACGAAGACGAAGACGAAGUUGAAGGUGCGGGUGAAGCCGAAGUCGAAGAUAGAUACGAGGUCGAGGACGAGGACCACUACGAAUACGACUCCUACAUCGAGGACGAGUAUGAGGACUCUGAUGACGACUGGGAAUGGUGA